GGGCCUGGGCGGGAGCGCGCGCGCGCGCCUCGCCUCCCCCUCCCCCGCCCCCGCCCCGUCAGGGGCUGCACGGCAGAACCGCGGGGAUGGAGGCGCUGCGGGCGGCGGGCCGGGCCGUGCUGCGGAGCCCCCGACUCGCCCGCCACGGCCUGGGGCUCUGCUGGCACCGCAAGCUCCCGGAGAACUGGGCCGACAUGCAGGAGCCCCUGCUGGAGGGGAUAGGCUUCACACUCAAGUACCUGGGCAUGACGCUGGUGGAGAAACCCAAAGGAGAAGACAUGGCAGCCAAUGCCAUCCGCCGGAUCAUUGCUAUGGCUCGCGUGGGAGCCAAGAAAUUCCAGAAGGUGAUUCUGACUGUCUCUCCGAGGGGCAUCUCACUGCAGGACGCUGAGACCAAGGAGAUGAUAGAGUGUGUCUCCAUUUACAGGAUUUCCUACUGCACCACGGACAAGCUGCAGAACAAGGUGUUUGCCUACGUGGCGCAAAGCCAGCAGAGUGGAGCACUGGAGUGCCAUGCCUUCCUCUCACCCAAGAAGAAGAUUGCCCAAGCCGUGACUCUGACUGUGGCUCAGGCCUUCCAGGUGGCACUAGAUCACUGGGAAGCAGCACAGGCAGGACCCCCAGGCUCUAUCUCUGUGUCUUUCACCCUGUUUCAGGCUCUGGACAGUCCCACCCUGAGUGUACCCUGGAGAGCAACAGGCCAGGCAGCACAAGUGAGCCAGCUCCGGUCCCCAUGGGGAGCACCCCAUUCAAACACCACUUUGAGGAGGAUGAGGAGGAGGAGGAAGACGAUGAUCUCGAUGAAGCCUUUUCUGGCUGCACUGAGGCAGGCACUCAAGACACAGCAGACUUUGUGUCUCCCACUCCAGGAGGCAGCUCGUCCAUCAUGUGCCUACCACAGAGCUGGGCCCCACCUGGCAUGCCCCCAACACAGCAGGAUGAAAUGGGAUGGGGGCACUGGAGGCCAAGCACCCACCUGCCACAAGGGACCUUCCUCUAAGGUUUCCACAGGCUAGUGAGGCUUUGUCAGUCUUCCAGUGUUUAUAUAUCACCAUAAUGGGUUAACCAGUCAGAAUCCUCUCUGUGCCGGAGGCUCAGACCAGUCGGCACCUGGAACGUGGACCAAGGAGCAUCUCUUCCCCACAUUGUGCCUGAGGCAUUGCUCUCCUCUCUGCCCUGUGCCUUUGGACUAACUGGUAGCUCUGCUUGCUUUGCUCCUGGGACUUGGCCAGGCAGGUUUCCUUGACUCUUUUGUACGUUCAUUUUUGCUUGUACUAGUGAAGCUGCCAUGCCAACAACCUCUGGGCUUCCCCACAACUAGGCUCAGCCCAGGCAGUGGCAGGGCUGGCUUCCCACACCCACUGGCCUGCUCUGUGCCACCACCCAGCCUGGCAGGGACUUCCACUAGCGGGAGAAAGGGAGUGCAGCAUCCAUGGCCUGCAUACUGCUCAGCCUAUUCAUGGAGGGUGCCAGUAAUGGUCAAUUGGAAUUGGUGAGAUGGGGCCACCCAGCCCUAUGGGCCCCAGAACAGCUCCCUGGCGCACUGGCUGGGCUUGACCCCAUGACCAAGGGUGCUGCUUGUUCCCAGUACUGACUGGGCUGGUAACUCAGUUAAGGCCUUUCCCUGCUCUGCUGUCUGGUUCUGGGGCACAGCUGUCUCAGGGCUUUGGCCUCAUCCUCAUGCUGGGUAAAUGCAGCAUGCUAGAAAAUGCAUUAGCCAGCAAACCGAGCUGAGCACCACUCAGCACCCAGCAUUUGCAGGGCAGUUGUGUUCCAUGUUGUGUUCCUGAGCACGACUGCCCUAUGCAUAUGGGUGUUCCCCACUGUUAGCUGGGCAUGAAUUCCAGUGUGCUCACUAUGGUUAGCUGGGCGUGAGUUUCCAAAUACACUCAGUGCACAGUGGUGCUCACCGCUGUUAGCUGGGCGUGCACUCUCAGGCACACAGAGUCCAGAGCAUUGUUCAGUUUUCUCUGGCUCACACGUUUUCUUUCUUGCUGUGUUUGCUCUGUGUAGAAGAGACCCAUAGGUCCAGUCUUUCCUGUCCCUGUAGCUGAAGCAUGGAAGUGUGAACUGAAGGACUGUGUGGAUGAUGCCCCCUGCAAGCCCUUUAUCCUUACUGCCUCUCUCCUUUGGGAUAAGGGUCAGCAGAUUCCUGCUUCUUAGGGAAGUCCUAGAUUUAAGGGCAGGAGGGAGUCCUCUGAGCAUCUGGUAUGACCUCCAGCCUAGCCAGGCCAGAGGGUGCUGCCCACAGAUUCAGGCAGUGGAGGAAGGGGGGUUAUUCUCUCCUUCUGUGUAGGUGUCACACUCCUUUGCUGAUAGUCCCAGAGAACCCAUUUCUUGUAGCCCAGAGAGGACACAAAGCCAUGGGCUCUGCUUGCUCCCCUUGCGUCUGUGGGGUGGAGGUCCCCAUAGCUCUGACACCUGCAGCCCCCACACCCUUACUUCAGACUCUCACUGUCAUGUAGUGAAAUCACUGGUUUUUAAAUGAAAAUGCCACCUUUGUAGAGUGCGAUAAAAUGAGUUUUUUAACAUUGUAA